CCCCAUUUAAACCCCCAAAAAAAUCCCCUGCUCCUCUCCCCAAAUACCCCCCCUCACUCACUCCACUCCCCCCCAAAUUUGUUCAUUUUUUUGGGGUUAAAUCCAGUAAAAAAGCUUCCUUUUUCAUCAUCUUCUUCUUCUUCUUCUUCCUCUUCUUCUUUUUCCACUUUUUAGUCGAUUUAAUCAAGCUUUUAGCUUCUGGGUCCUCUCCGGAAACAUCUAUUUAGUGCAUGUGAAGUGGAAGAUCCAUCCAUGGAGCUGAUUUUUCUGCUGGUUCUGGGGAUCCUUUCCGUGGUUAAUGGCGAUGAAGGUGCAUACAUCGGCGUGAAUGUUGGCACGGCACUGUCGUCAAUGCCAUCGCCGACGCAGGUGGUGGCACUGCUGAAGUCGCAGCAGAUCCACUACGUACGCCUUUAUGAUGUCGACCCCGCCAUGCUGGCCGCCCUCGCCAACUCCGGCAUCCGUGUCGUCGUCUCCGUCCCCAACGAGCAGCUCCUCGCCGUGGGCCAGUCCAAUGCCACCGCGGCCAACUGGGUUGCCCGUAACGUCGCCGCCCACUUCCCUGCCGUCAACAUCUCUGCCAUCGCUGUCGGCUCCGAGGUCCUCUCCGCCCUUCCGAAUGCUGCCCCGCUCCUUAUCCCUGCCCUCCGCUACAUCCACUCCGCUCUCGUCGCCGCCAAUCUCGACCGCUACAUCAAGGUCUCCACCCCGCACUCCUCGUCCAUCAUCCUCGAUUCCUUCCCACCCUCUCAGGCCUUCUUCAACCGCACCCUCGACCCCGUCCUCGUCCCCCUCCUCAAGUUCCUACAGUCCACCGACUCCUAUCUCAUGCUCAACGUCUACCCCUACUACGACUACAUGCAGUCCAACGGCGUCAUCCCCCUCGACUAUGCCCUCUUCCGCCCCCUCCCCCCCAAUAAGGAGGCCGUCGACGCCAACACCCUCCUCCACUACACCAAUGUGUUUGACGCGGUUGUCGACGCCGCCUACUUCGCCAUGGCCUAUUUGAAUGUCACGAACUUGCCUGUCGUCGUGCUCGAGUCCGGGUGGCCCCACAAGGGCGACCCAUCCACCGAGCCCGACGCUACCCCUGACAACGCUGACACCUACAACAGCAACCUCAUCCGGCACGUGCUCAACAGCACCGGCACGCCGAAGCACCCUGGAGUGCCCGUGCCCACAUACAUCUAUGAGCUUUACGAUGAGGACCAGCGCCCUGGGGCCACGUCGGAGAGGUACUGGGGGCUGUUCGACGCGAGCGGUGUGCCUGCGUACACACUACACCUAACUGGGUCGGGUGUGCUGCUGGCAAACGACACGACAAACCAGACGUACUGCAUUGCGCGGGACGGUGCAGAUGCCAAGAUGCUGCAGGCCGCGCUCGACUGGGCAUGCGGACCCGGGAAGGUGGACUGCUCUGCAAUGAUGCAGGGGCAGCCGUGUUACGACCCCGACACAGUUGAAUCCCAUGCGACCUACGCGUUCAACGCAUACUAUCACGGGAUGGGUAUGGGUUCGGGCACCUGCUACUUCAACGGGGUUGCGGCCAUAACCACCACUGACCCAAGUCAUGGUGCUUGCAUAUUUGCUGGAAGUGGCGGAAAGAACGGCACAAUGUUGAACGGCACAUCGUUGGCUCCUUCCUCCAAUUCCACAGCAGCACAAUCGGGCUCUCCUCAUACUACCUUCGACCCCUCAUCGCUUGUUAUAAUGAUGGGGCUGCUACUUCUGAGUAUGAUCUUCUUGUAGGUUAGGAUGUGUCUCUCUCUCUCGCUCUCGCGCGCGCGUGCGCGCCUCUCUUUUGUCUUUCCGGUGUAUUGAGAAGUUGUGUUACUUUUGGAAGGAAAUUAAAUUGGAAAUGACAUGCCUUAGUGAUAGGAUGGAUGUGCUUAAUAUUUCUCAAUGAAGCAGAGGGCCUUUUGUUGCUAUGCACACCCAAUUUUGGUCUCUGUAUCUUGUGGGUGAAGCGCUCUUUAAUUUAUUGGAACUGGGGUUUUUUUUAUUUCUUUGGUGCUUCAAGAACCAGCAGUGUAUGUUGUGCUAAAAUGAAGAUGCAUUCAUUUCAUUUACUGCCUUUA